GUUAGAAGCUGUCCACCGGUAGUGGUGCUGAAAGUGGAGUAUGGAAGAAAGAGACAAGAAAGAGGACUAAACUAAAGCAGGAUCAUUUCUGGCACACGGAGCACACUGGAUUGUCUAUACAGGUUUUCUUUUGGAAGUUUGGAGUCAUUUGUAAGGGAACAUAACCAGAUAUAUGAUUUUCAAAAGUUGGAUUCAGACAUCAGACUUCUCUUACCAAUCAUGUCUGUUCCUUUCUGACUCUCUCACUCUCUCCCCCAUUCACUAUCUCUCUUUCAGUCAGAGACAGAGAAUUGGAAAGAUUCAGUGGGAAAGAGGAGGGGUAUGUGACGGAGGGAGGGACGGAGGGAGAGAUCAGGAAACAGAGGGUGAGAUCACUGUUUUUUUCAGCCCAGGAAGAGAGAUUCAGAAGAGGUCCUCCUCUGAACUGCGUAUCUUCUUGAAUAAAUAUCUAUAAACUCCUUCGCCUUCAAACAUAGACUGUACCUCCUGCUGCAGACCACAUUGCCACCCUUUGCCCAUUCUUGGCCUGCUUUGGCCCAACUUGGAGUCAGAAUGGCAGGCUGUGCCAAGCGCUGUAAACAGGGACUGGUGAAGUUUGUCCUGUCCCUGCACAAACUCAUCACAGGGACUCUCAAAAAAGAUAAAAUUGAUGAUGAUUUUGAGAUGAGCAUUGUGUGUCAUCGGCCAGAAGGGCUGGAUAAACUGGAGGCUCAGAGCAACUUCAGCAAGAGAGAGCUACAAGUCCUUUACCGUGGCUUCAAAAACGAGUGCCCUAGUGGGGUGGUGAACGAGGACACCUUCAAACAGAUAUACGCCCAGUUCUUUCCCCAUGGAGAUGCCAGUUCCUACGCACACUACCUGUUCGACGCCUUUGACUCAGCACACAGCGGAUCCAUCAAGUUUGAGGACUUUGUCAUGGCUCUGUCCAUCUUACUGAGGGGAUCAGUGAGGGAGAAAUUGACGUGGACUUUCAACCUGUAUGACAUAAACAGAGAUGGCUACAUCAACAAGGAGGAGAUGACAGACAUCGUCAGAGCGAUAUAUGACAUGAUGGGGAAGUACACCUACCCUGCCCUGAAGACAGACACUCCCAAACAACAUGUGGAUGCUUUCUUCCAGAAGAUGGACAAGAACAGAGAUGGAGUAGUCACUCUGGAUGAGUUCAUUCUGUCCUGCCAGGAGGAUGAAAACAUCAUGAGGUCCCUGCAGCUUUUCGAAAACGUCAUAUAAAUGAAACAGACAAAAGAGACACAGUGGGAAAAUGAAAGAGAGAUAGGAAAGACCUUUGAACUGUGAGAAGAAAGAGCAGCCCACCAUUUAAUGGCAAAAAGGGACACACAUAAACUUUGCUGUCAGCAUGGUUAUGAGAGGUACUCAACACUGGCUGCCCAGCAACAGCUAUAUGCAUCUGCCGUGUGGCACAGUGUCUCACCAUCACGUUACAAUGGCAGUGACCAAUCAACGGGCUGGGUUAUGACCCCUCCCACUGACCUCUGACCCCUUGUACCUGUUUUUGAUCUUCCUGUGACCCUGUAAUCUUUCACCCUUGGUCCGAACUCUCUCAGUCUUGUUCUGUUGAUGUUGUCGUCGUUGUUAUGGUUACUGUUCUCCCAGAGAGUGUAUAUAACACCUGUUAAUAAGACAUACUGACAUUAUAGAGACAUACACACACAUAUUAAGACAUACACACAUACCUACACUGUGUCAGGCCGGGAUUCAAUCCGAGGUGCACCAUAGAGUGAGCUCUUUGAACGUUGGGGAAGUUGCCCUUAAAAGUUGCACUGUCGACAGCUGCUCUAUAACACUCCUUGGAUUGAAUCCUGGCCUCAAUUUCGCCACAAAUUCAGUUUACAGAUACAAAUUGAGGACAUUUCCUGUACAUUUUCAUUUGUAGAAUUCAUGUGAUCUGUAUUUGACCACAACAUAUUAAGAAAUGUACAUUUAAAACAAGUCAGUCCUAACCCCGCUAAAUGCAGCACUCCUACUGUAUGUGUGUUAGUGUUAGUCAAUGUUUUUCGUGUUGUGGUGCCUUGUGUCAUUGUGUUUUUGGCUUCUAUCUUUCUGUCUGCACUGAGCUCCGUUCAUCUGCCUCUUUGUCUGUCAAUCUGGCCAGAUGAUAUUUUGAAGUAGUGCUGAGUGAAUAACCGAAAUGUUGGUUUAUUUUCCGUUUGUAAAUAACUAAUUGACUGACAUUGGUUCCAUUAUUUGAAUUCCAUUUAGUUGUGCACCAUUUGUGCCAUUUCUCUAGAGAGAUUUCUCUCUGAGACAUGUUGUCCAGCUCAUCAGAGUUAAGCGCCGAAACCGUGGUAAUGAACUACAUUGACCAGAAUCCAUUGCCUACAGCUAGCUGCCUCCUGUUCUCAUUGGUUCUUUGUCGGGCAAGCCUGUGUGGCCCGACAGACAGACACAGAGAGAUAGGAGAGGGCUAGAAUCCGGUUGCUUACGUAUCUCUACCCGACAAUGCAUCUAAUUGAUUGAUAGUUGUCAUUUAGCAGUGUUA